GCGGAGCGCUUCGGCUCUCGGCGGCUGGGCGAAGCGCUUCGGUCCUGCGCGGCAGCAAGACGGCGCCGGGGGGUCGGCAGCGCUGGUGGGAGCCCAUCGGACGGCAGCGGCGGCGGCGGGGCGUCAUGAGCGACAGCGGCGAGCAGAACUACGGCGAGCGGGAAUCCCGUUCUGCUUCCAGAAGUGGAAGUGCUCAUGGAUCUGGGAAAUCUGCAAGGCAUACCCCUGCAAGGUCUCGCUCCAAGGAAGAUUCCAGGCGUUCCAGAUCAAAGUCCAGGUCCAGAUCUGAAUCUAGGUCUAGGUCCAGAAGAAGUUCUCGAAGGCAUUACACAAGAUCAAGAUCUCGGUCCCGUUCCCAUAGACGAUCUCGUAGCAGGUCAUAUAGUCGAGAUUAUCGAAGAAGGCACAGCCACAGUCACUCUCCCAUGUCUACUCGCAGGCGGCAUGUUGGCAAUCGGGCAAAUCCUGAUCCUAACUGCUGUCUCGGAGUAUUUGGAUUGAGCUUAUACACUACAGAGCGAGAUCUAAGAGAAGUGUUCUCCAAAUAUGGCCCCAUUGCUGAUGUGUCAAUUGUGUAUGACCAGCAAUCUAGACGUUCCAGAGGAUUUGCCUUUGUGUAUUUUGAGAAUGUAGAUGAUGCUAAAGAAGCAAAAGAACGUGCCAAUGGAAUGGAACUUGAUGGACGUAGGAUUAGAGUUGAUUUCUCUAUAACAAAAAGACCACAUACACCAACCCCAGGGAUUUACAUGGGAAGACCUACCUAUGGCAGCUCACGCCGUCGAGAUUACUAUGACAGAGGAUAUGAUCGAGGUUAUGAUGAUCGGGACUAUUAUAGCAGGUCAUACAGAGGUGGAGGAGGAGGAGGAGGAGGAUGGAGAGCUGCUCAAGACAGGGAUCAGAUUUACAGAAGACGGUCGCCUUCUCCUUACUACAGUCGGGGAGGGUACAGAUCACGUUCCAGAUCUCGAUCAUACUCACCUCGUCGCUAUUAAAGCAUGAAGUUGAAGACUUUCUGAAACCUGCCCUAGAGCUGGGAUAUUGUUUGUGGACAAUAUUUUUUAUUGUCUCCUGUUUAAAAAGUGAACAGUGCCUAGUGAAGUUAGGUGACUUUUACACCUUUUAUGAUGACUACUUUUGGUGGAGUUGAAAUGCUGUUUUCAUUCUGCAUUUGUGUAGUUUGGUGCUUUGUUCAAAGUUAAGUGUUUUCAGAAAAGUAUGUUUUGCAUGUAUUUUUUUACAGUCUAAAUUUUGACUGCUGAGAAGUUUCUAUUGUACAAAACUUCAUUUAAAAGGUUUUUCUACUGAAUCCAGGGUAUUCUGAAGAUCGAAGCCUGUGUGUAAAAUGCUACCAAAUGGCAAAAAGCAACAAUAAAGUUUGAUUUUUACUUUUC